AUGCCUCCCUCCUGGGUCUUGCUCAACCGAUGCGUCGACUACAGCUUCAACGACGACGACGACGAAGACAACGGCGAUGAACCCACGUCGUCGUCGGCUGCGGCUGCGGCGGCGGCGGUUGAGAUCAUGUGGGGAGCCAAGGAAGCAUCAUCCAUCCUAUCCUUUUACAAGGCCAAGGUCGCCAUGCUGCUCUCCUUGAAGCCAGAUGACGCCGUCGCCCUCCUCCCCGAACCGCCGGAGAUCGCCAUCUUCAGGCUGCGGUGCUCCAACUCCCACCGAGGCUCGCUGUCCUCCACCCCCCUCGUCGCGUGCGCCGACAAGGGCCUGCUCGUCAUCUACGGCGGCGGCUACUUCGGCCCGGGCUCGUCCACGUGCGGAUGCUACCUCGUCUACUCCGCCGCUCGCCUCUCCACGGUGCCCCCGCCCCCCGAGGCGCCGCGCGGCCUCAUCGACGGGAUCGGGUCGGGAGCCGUUGUCCUACGGCGCUGCCAUCCCGGCGGCGGCGGCUCUUCCUCCCCCUACUACCUGCUCGCCGAGCUCGCCAUCAUGCCAAAGCGCAAAUCCCCCGACCCCGAUGCUGUGCUCCUCCUGUGGCGCUCCGACGAACCCCAGUGGGCCAGAAAGGAGGUCCGUCUCCCCCGCGAGGUCAAGGUGUGCAGGGCGCCCGGCGACGACGACAAGCACGUGUUCUACAGCGACACCUCCUUCUCCGGGCCCGGCGGCUGCCUGUGCUGGGUGGAUCUGCUCCACGGCAUCGUCGUCUGCACCAACCCUUUGGAUCCUGACCCUGAGCUCCGCUUCAUCCCCUUGCCCGACGGGUGCCCCCCGGUCAGUGUGACCGACUACCCCUACCGCCCGCGCCCGGAGGAGGAUCGCUCCGCCGCCUGCGUCGGCGGCCGCAUCAAGCUCGUCGCCAUGGUGGGUGAACUGGCAGGCUGGAACGCCAACCAGUACAUUCUCACCACCUGGACCCUGUCGCCUGACCUCAGCAGCUGGCAGCAAGACGGCGUGUUCCCCCUCAAGGACCUCUGGGCGACGGAGGAGUACCGCGAGCUCAACCUGGUGCCGCCGCAGCAGACGCCUGUCUGCCUCGUGCUGAGCGUGCGCGACGACGGCGAGGAUGUUGUCGUCUACGCCGUCGUGAAUGAUAUCGAGGAACACCCCGUCGUCCAGGGUCGUCAGGUUGUUCUGGGAACCGAGCUGGAGUUCAAACGCCAGUAUGUUCUUGGCAUCGACGUGCGCCGCAACAAGAUCGUCUCCACCAGCUCUGGUGUUCCACCGGAAAGCCUGAUGCAGAUGAUGCCCCGCCUCCUGUCUGUUGAUUUCUGCGAGGACCGCCAGGAGUGCAUUCCGUUUACUGAAAUAGUGAAUUUCACUAAUCUUUCAGGAAAAUGGAUACUCGGCCCAUCUCUGCAUCAUCUCCUUUGUCAUGAAGUUAAAAAGCUUGCUGACUCAAAUGCCAAGGAGGUAAAGAGCAAGACAAAGGAGUGGAAUGAUAGAAUCAAGCAAGACAAAGAUAUGGGAAGAAAUGCUCGCUUUGCACAAAUAUGGAAGAGUCGAAAAGGAGAAAAGAACGAUGCUGAUGACUCAUUGAGAGAAAUAUGCCAUCUUUAUGAUGCUGUCCAAGUAGACCCCGUGAUUACCUCUUUUGAAGAGGGUGCUGUUCUAUGCAACUUUCUUCCACUUCUACGCGAGUACUUGCCAUCAACUGCAGAGGAAAUUGAGGCGGAUAUAAUUUCAUUGGCACAAUCAGAAGAUUCUGAAGUUUAUGAUAUCUAUACUGUCAAGGAGGUGGAUGAUACAAACAUGGAGGCCACGUCAGCAGCUUCAUAUCCAAGGUUACAAGUGGAUGAUGGAGAAGAUGAAUGCUACGAAGAUUGUCCGUAUGACACAGAUGAUUCAAAUGCCGAAGACAAUCCGCUUUUCGAUUAUCCUGAUGAAUUUUCCAAGGACGAGGAUGAUGGUAGCAACGACGAGGAUCCUUUUGGAGACGAAGAAGGUUCUGACACCGACUACGAGAAGGAAGAAGUAGAGGUUGAUGAUAGUAACUCAGCUGACAGGGUUGAAGAUUCACAACUAUUCCGCUCUGUGCCAGCUUUAAACCAAGCUGCAUCUUAUCUUGCUCAGACAGCUUCAUUCCUCACCCAGUGCCUCCCUGUACCUGGUUAUGUGGGCCUAUCUGAGGAGGACCAAGAAUUAUUAACACUGCCACCUGCAUCAGCCUCAGGCAGGCUUUCUGUUCAGACUUCUUCAGUAGAGCCUGCUGGCACCAAUUCAUCCCUUGGUCAGGCAGAUAGUGGUGGAAGCCCUCUCAAGAAAAACACAGGACAAAUGGUGCCUUCACAAGUUUUUCAGAAUGGAGCUUCACUGUUCCAAGGCCUUGUUGAGCGUGCUCGGAAAACAGUCCGUGGUUCAGCAGAUGAUAUUGGCUGGCUCCAGCGGGAUCAAAGCUUACCUACAACUGAGGAUGGGACAGCCAGAUUCUUGGAGAUUUUGGACUCUGUAAGAAAAAAUGAGCACAAGCUACCUGAUUCAGUGGUUUACUUGCUGGUUCCAGGUCUGUUUAGUAACCAUGGACCGCUUUACUUUGUCAAGACAAAGGCAUAUUUCUCCAAGAUGGGUUUAGCUUGCCAUAUUGCCAAAAUUCAUAGUGAGUCUUCAGUGAGUAAAAAUGCACGAGAGAUAAAGGAAUACAUAGAAGAAAUAUACUGGGGAUCAAGGAAACGUGUGCUACUUCUUGGUCACAGCAAGGGCGGUGUUGAUGCGGCUGCAGCCCUCUCCCUCUACUGGCCACAACUCAAAGACAAAGUCGCAGGUUUAGCAUUAGCCCAAAGUCCAUAUGGAGGAAGCCCGGUUGCUUCAGAUAUCCUACGGGAGGGGCAGCUUGGUGACUACGUCAGGCUGCGUAAGAUCAUGGAGAUCUUAGUAUCCAAGGUUCUUAAGGGUGAUCUGCAGGCUCUAGAAGAUCUGACUUACGAAAGACGGAAAGAAUUCCUGCGACUGCACCCGUUGCCUCAGGAUGUUCCAAUCGUUUCAUUCCACACAGAGGCAAGCAUCACUCCCAGUGUGCUCACAGCGCUCUCUCACGUUGCACACCUGGAGCUCCCGAUUGCUGCCGAUGGCAAUUCCACCAGGAUCCCAGUUGUAAUGCCGCUUUCAGCCGCGAUGGCAGCAUGCUCGCAAUUGCUGGUGGCAAGGUAUGGCGAGAAGAGCGACGGUCUCGUGACGCGGAAGGACGCCGAGGUUCCUGGGUCAGUGGCAGUCCGGCCGGAGCGGAAGCUAGAUCACGCGUGGAUGGUGUAUUGGUCGCUGAAAGAAGAGCCCGGGGAUCAGGCGGACACGUCGCAGGAUGUUUCCUUGGGUCAGAUUGUAGGUCUUUCUGAGCUUAUUCUUUGA